GCCAUCACCAAAACUCAAAAAAUCCUCCAAGCAACCCAACCUUCAGACCAACUCCCAACACCAUGGCCUGCUGUCAGAACACCUGCUGCGGAUUUCCCAGCUGUUCCACUGGUGCGACCUGCGGCUCCAGCUGCUGCCAGCCAAGCUGCUGCCAGACCAGCUGCUGCCAGCCAAGCUGCUGCCAGACCAGCUUCUGCGGAUUUCCCAGCUGCUCUACUGGUGGGACCUGCGGCUCCAGCUGCUGCCAGCCAAGCUGCUGCCAGACCAGCUGCUGCCAGCCAAGCUGCUGCCAGACCAGCUGCUGCCAGCCAAGCUGUUGUCAGACCAGCUGCUGCCAGCCAAGCUGCUGCCAGACCAGCUCCUGCGGAACCGGUUGUGGCAUUGGUGGUAGCAUUGGCUCUGGCCAGGAGGGCGGCUAUGGAGCUGUGAGCACCCGUAUCAGGUGGUGCCGCCCAGAUUGCCGGGUGGAGGGCACCUGCCUGCCCCCCUGCUGUGUAGUGAGCUGCACGCCCCCAUCCUGCUGCCAGCUGCACCAUGCCCAGGCCUCCUGCUGCCGCCCAUCCUACUGUGGACAGUCCUGCUGCCGCCCAGUCUGCUGUUGCUCCUGCUGUGAGCCCACCUGCUGUGAGCCCACCUGGUAAAAGCCAGGUUGCAGAUUUUCAACUUGAAAUUUCCACUUCCAGUUCAAUUCAUGAAUUAAUUAUUUCUUCAAGCACUGUGGACCACUAACAAAUUCUUGAGCUUUAAUUUGGCUUUUGUUAUGGGGGUUACCAAAUAUUUAGGCCUCAGAAUUAUCUGAUUCCUUUGUGGUCCAGAAAAGACUGUGGUCUUCUCUCUGAGGAUGUCAAAAUACAAAUUUGACGCAAGAAAUGAAAAAGCCAAUUUACAAGCACCGAAGCCUAUGCUCUGAGGCUCAGCAUCGCCAAGACCAUGGAAGAGCUGUCUGUCCUUCUCAGGACACUCACUUACUCUAUUCCACUGCCCUGAAUUGCACUCCAUAUGAAAGAGAAAUAAUAUAACAAGGUCUAAUAAAUUAUAACUAUUGGUAC